AUGUCUUUGGACUGGCCGCCUGAUAUCCAGUUGUACCGCCACUUAGCCGCUCAGUCUGGUGUUCUUCUAGGGGACUACAUCUUGCUGCGGUUGCAAAUUCAGGAAAGCAGCGGCUUUCUGGGUCGUGAUCCGCACGCCGAACAAACUGUUGAAGAGGCGGUGCAUCUGUGGGAGCGCUUGGAGAAAUCCGUCGUGCUCUUGGGCCAGAUAGUCGACAACGUUCAUGGGGAAAGCACUCUGAAAGAGUCCCUGGUAUUGGAUCUUCGCAGCAAACACAGUAUUCUUGUCAACCUGAACCGUCUCUGGGACGAUCCGCACCCUCAAGAGUGUGCACGGGUUCUACUGGAAGCGUGGAGCGGCUCCCUGUGGCUCGAUCCCGUCGCGAGCAUUCUCUCUUCGUAUCGUAGUUUGGUUGAGUCUGCCGACCGCGUAUCUACGCCGCAGCGUUCAAAACGCCUAACCGCACCAACAACACCUUCUGCGAGAGCAUCGGCAUCCGACCUGAAUGAUUCGUCGAAACAGGCACCGCUGUGGAGUUACCUCCUGGACGACCAUGGAACACGUCGUCGAUCUGGCUCUCGAGCGCACCGGCCUUAA